GUGUAAAGUCAAUACUAUUUGUUGAAAGCGGUUAAUUGUACAUUAUUUAUAGAAGUUCAGCUUACAACAAGUAAUUGUUGCUGGUUUUCAUGAAUUUAUAAGAAAGCUUUCAUUUGAAUUGAAAAUACAUAAGAAAGAAAUUUAAGUUGAUGCAAAUUUUAUGCAUUUAUUUCUUAACGCAUAAAAAUCCAGGCAAAAAAAAAGCUUGAAUAUAAAGCUGAGAUCACUUGGUGGUCAUUAUGAGUGUUACGAUUAGUAAAUAUGUCAAUCUGAUCGUUUAUUUUACUUUGAUAUGUUUUUGUAUUAAACUUAAUGCAGGUCUGACAUGUGAUAGCUCAAAAAUUUGUGUCCCAAUAUCAAAUUGUUUAUCAAUAAAUGAAAGAUUAUAUGAUGAAAAUCUAACUGAUUCUGAAAUUAAAGAAAUAUCAAAAUUGCAGUGUGCAUACAUAGAUGAAACUAUUUAUGUAUGCUGCAAUUCUUCAUUACCAAAACCACCUGUUUGUGGACCAUUUUCAGUAUCAACAAGAAUUGUUGGAGGAAAUAUAACUCAUAUUUAUGAUUAUCCAUGGACAGCAUUAAUUGGGACAUUAAUUUAUGUAAACAAUGAAGAAGUUAUCAAAUAUAAUUGUGGUGGUUCCCUAAUAAAUGAUCAAUAUAUUUUAACUGCUGCUCAUUGUAUAAAAGUUAUGAGUAAAAAGAAUAUAGGAGAAGUUGCUAAUAGACGUAUAAGAAAAGUUCGUUUAGGUGAAUGGGAUUUGAAACAAGAGCCAAUUGAUAUAGAAGUAUUAGAUUUGGAUUCAAAUAGAACUAUUAUUGGUGAACCAGUCGUUGAUUUAAAUAUUGAAAAAUGUAUUGUACAUGAAAAAUAUCAUCCAUCAUCAAAACUAUAUGAUAUUGCAUUAAUUAAACUUUCUGAAAAAGUGAAUUAUACAAAUUUCAUAAAACCAAUAUGUUUACCGGAUGAAGAACAAGAAAUUGAAGAAGAUCUUAUUGUUAUUGGAUGGGGUAAAACAGAAAAUGAAACACGUAGUAAUAUUAAAAGAUUUGCACAAAUUUCAACAUGGAAUUUAACAACUUGCAUUGAAAAAUAUCAAAAGGAGUAUAUAAAAAUUGAUUCAACACUAAUAUGUGCUGGUGGUACAGGCGGUUUUGAUUCUUGUCAAGGCGAUUCUGGUGGUCCAUUAGUAGGCUAUAAUACAUCAAAUCCAUUUAGAAUAUAUCAUUAUUUAGCUGGAAUAACUUCGUUUGGUUUUAAAGAUUGCGGUCAAGGUACACUACCAGGUGUUUAUACAAAUGUAAAAUCUUAUCUUAAAUGGAUAAAUGAACAUAUAGAACACAUUGUGCAUCGCAUUUACUUUGUUUCAGCGGAAGUUUGUUUACAAGAUCAAAUUUGUGUUCCAAUAGAUCAUUGCUCAUCAAUUGAUAAAAAAUUAUAUGAGCCUAAUUUAAGUGAAUUGGAGAAAGAUGAGUUGAAAAAACUUCAAUGUGGAUUUCUGGAUCAUAAUGUUUAUGUUUGUUGUAAUUCAUCACUACCAAAACCGGGAGACUGUGGAAAAGUAGGUUUAGAAGAAAAAAUUACUAAAGGUCAAAGAACAUAUUUGGGACAAUUUCCGUGGGCAGUUUUACUUGGUAGAAGAUGGAAAGAAGCGAAUGGUACAACUGGAAUUUCAUAUGAAUGUGGUGGCUCAAUAAUCAGUGAUCAUUAUAUAUUAACUGCAGCACAUUGUGUAAAAUUCUUAAGUUUUAAAAAUUAUAAAGAACGAAUAAAAACAAUUGAAAUAAUUAAAUUGGGUGAAUGGAAUACUGAAACAGAUCCAGAUGAAGAUGACGGUACAAUAGGAGAUCCUGUUAUUAAAGCUGAAGUUGAAAAAAUUAUUCCUUACAAAGAAUAUAGAUUAUAUAAGAAGUAUAAUGAUAUCGCUUUAAUAAGAUUGAAAGAAAAAAUAAAUUUUACAAAAUUUGUUAAACCAAUUUGUUUACCACAUAAGGAUGAGGUAUAUGAUGAAGAACUAAUUGUUAUUGGUUGGGGUAAAAUUAAUGGAAGUCGAGAAUUUGAUAUGGAAAAAAUUCAAAGAUAUGCUAAAGUUGAUUUAAUUGACAAUAAAUUAUGUGAUGAAAUUUAUAACAAUUUUGAAAUAGAAUCAACACAAUUAUGUGCUGGAACAAAAGGGAGUGAUUCAUGUGGUGGAGAUUCUGGUGGCCCAUUAGUUGGUAUUAACACAACAAAUCCAAUAUUUUAUUAUUAUCUAGCUGGUAUUGUGUCGUUUGGUAGAAGUGCUUGCGGAACACUAGGGGAACCUGGUGUAUAUACCGAUGUUAGAAAAUAUAUUGAUUGGAUUCAACAAAAUGUUAUUCAUUGAGGAAAUAAAAAAAAAUAUUAUAUUUGUAUUAAA